AUGGAAUUGCAAUCGAAGAAGACAAUUACAUGCAAGUAUGAGGAGGAUCAUAGCCAUAGAAGAAUCAGAGCACUUGCUCAGGUGUGUUACGAAGCUCUUAUGAAUGACUAUGGUCAUAUGGUAUCAAAUGUGGUUCAGGAUUUUCGUGAGAGGAAGAGCAACCUGAAAUUGCACACACAAAAACGAGGUCGUCUUCCGACUCGCAUUGUUACUACUGAUCAAUCGAAAGAAGUCCAAAUCAAGAGAAGGAAGUCAAAUGGCGGUGUAGUUGGGGGACCGUAUCAACCACUGCCUAUUCCUCAAGCAAUGAGCGAUGUCAUUCGUAGUACUGGUCAGCAUCACCAUCCACUUCUGGUUAUCCAGAAGAAACUCUUUCAUGCUGAUAUUCAGGCGCAACAAAAUCGCAUUUCGAUGCCUUUGAAUCAGAACAGUUAUGAUGGUUUUUUGAGUGAGGCUGAGAAAAAGAAGGUCGACCAAGAGGGAAUGAAUGUUCGAUUCAUUGAGCCGAGCAUGGAAGAAAACAGACUAAUACUGAGAAAGUGGUGCUAUAAGAAGAUGAAGAACAUGUCUGUCUUUUCCUAUGUGUUUAACAAAAACUGGUUCGGUGUCGUAGAGAAAAAUGGACUCAAAGUGGGCGACAUUGUUCAAGUGUGGGUUUUUAGAGACAAGGACGGAAACCCUUGUUUCGCCAUGGUCAAUCUCGGCGAGGACGCUACUGACUGAUCUCAUCAUCAGUCUCGGCAAGAGACGACAUCUCAUUUGGUGCUACUACGGUCAAAUGUGUCAAUGUCAUAACAUAAUUUUAGUUUUAUUAGUUUAUAUAUUUAGUGAUCAAUCCUAACAAAUGUCAAGUUCACUGUGCUCUUUCUACUAUACUUUAGUUUUUGUUUAUCUAUAUGCUGAUUAGUAUCGUUUUUUUUUUUUUUUUUUGUUUUUUUUUUUGGUAAUAUCAUAUAUAUAUAAAUACUAGAAGAGCUGACAUGUUUCAGAACUUUUUAUUAUAUAUAUUUUAAAUUGUUAGCUCGUUGCACCCUAAAAGAGCAGAAUGAGCUAGUAGCCUACUAAAAUUGAAAUCACAGUUUCUAAUAUGUUUAUACAUUCACCUGGAAUUCACAACUAAAGUUUAAUAUAUGAAAUUGAAAUGCAGUAGUUAACCUUGGCAUCUUCGUAUGUUGACAUGUAGCCAAAGGAUACUCUCACAACUCCAGUAGGCUUCCCAUGAACUAUGUCAUAAUCGUCCCAGUAAACAUGGCC